AUGACUGCCGAGAUCAAGCUAAACGCCGGCACUGAUCAUGAUGCCGAGCCAAUGGACAACUUCGAACGCUGCCCGGUCGUGAGCGUCCAGCGCGCGACGGCCAGGAGAGUGCCGGCAGGGCCGGUGUCCGGCGGCCCAGCUGCGCUCUCCGCGGUCGGCUCUCCUCCCGGCUUCGUCUCCGAGCCGAGCCUGCUGAAGCUGAGGGAGGGGGAAGAUGCCAUCCUCCCUUGCGUCAUCAGAAACCAAGGUCCAUACAUAGUGGUGUGGAAGAAGGACCGGCGGGUGAUCAGCGCGCGCGAGGCGAUUGUGGCGCGAGACACGCGCUACAGCCUGGUGGAGGGCUACAACCUGAGGAUAGCCGGCGUCCGGCCCAGCGACCAGUCGUCCUACACGUGCUCCAUCGACACCGAGCCGCUGACCGAGCUCACUCACCGCCUGGUGGUGCUCUAUGGGCCCGUGGUAACGACGCGACCCUCCAGCGGCGUGCUGGUGCUGGAGCGAGGCAAGGAGGCGCACUUCGAGUGCUCAGCGGCCGGCAAUCCCAAGCCUUCCAUGUUCUGGCGGAAACAGGUCGGUCUGCUGCCGUCGGGAGAGGCUCAGCACCCGGGCAGCCGGUACACGGUCGCCGAGGUCACCCGACAGAUGGCGGGAGUGUACGAGUGCGUCGCUCAAAACGGCCUUCGCAAACCCGGCGUGGGCACAGUCAGCCUCCAGGUCCAGUACCCGCCCGAGGUGGAGGUCGAGCACAGCAUCGUUCACACGGGUGAAGGGUCCGAGGCGAAGUUGGUCUGCUUUGUGUUUGCGGACCCUCCUGCGGAGGUCCGUUGGAUCCGAGAGGAUGGAUAUCUUCAUCCGUCACGCCACAGGCCCUCAGAAGAGGUGCUCGGAGGAACGAGGCACGUGCUGACAAUCCGACCUGUUCGCAUGGCGGAUUUCGGCACGUACUUGUGCCAGGCCCUCAGCUUUUUGGGGAACGCCAGCGGUCCAAUCGUCCUGUCAGGUGCACCAGCGCGUGCUCGGGUGACCAGCAGCCCGAUCGGUACGGCGCCAGAUUCGUAUCAGCUGGCCUGGGAGGUGCGCAGCUUCUCGCCCGUGCUCGAGUACAUGGUCGCCUACGGACAGGGGAAAGCUAACUCCACGUCGGGCGAGACGUCACCCAGCUGGCGGGAGGUGCUGGUGCCGCCCACCGGCAGCGAGGUGGUCGGCGACUCGCUGCACCGUCAGCAGAUCCCGCUGACCAAGCUGCGGCCGGCCACCACCUACGACCUGCACGUGCGGGCCCGCAACCGGCACGGCUGGGGCGACGUCUCCGAGAUGUUCCACUUCUCCACACUCGCCAGGGGGGAAGGUGUUAUUAACUGCGUCUUCGCCCUUUCGCCGCGGCCUGUCGCGUUCAGCCGCGCCGCCGAUUCCCCCGCAAACUUGCAUCUUCAGUCGCCAAGCGGCCGCCAGCCGACAUUAAGUGGGGGUCGUCGCCAUCGUCGCCGUCGGCGGCCGCUCAAGUUGGCCGAUUGGGGCGCGCGCGGCCCGAUGUGA